AUGGUUACCUGGAAUAUAAAUCUUUUAUCAUUAUUUUUUUUAAAUUAUCAUUUUGUUGGUGGAAGUUUUUUUUAUGUACAAAGUGUUAAAGAAUGCUAUGAUAAUAGAUGUCCAAGAGGAGAUUGGUUUCAUUACUAUACAUGUAAUACUAGUGAAUGUGAUUUUCAUCUUCAGCCUUACCUCUAUGUAAUAUGCCUUAUUAUGGUUCUUGUAUUUUUGUAUUCAUUAAUAUGUGCUUUAAUGAAAUUUGUCUGUUACUUCAGACAGCCCUCAUUAUAUGAAGAUUAA